AUGGUUUGUGACAAUCCAGUACACUUGCUGAUCUGGGAAAAUGAAAAGCUAUUCGAUCGUAGUGAUGCAAAGUUGUACUGGAGAACAGUUUUGCAUACCAUCUUCAUAUACCAUCAUGCUUAUGUAGGUUCUUAUACCGGUGGCUUAGAGCAGUAUUUAAAAAACAGUGAUGAAGAUAAGCUGCGAACCUUGUACACAUUUCGUUUUGCCUACUUGACUGGCUGGAACUUUGUAAUACAAUCAGUGUACCUGUUCCUGGCAUCUGGCCACGACUUGUUGCAAUGGGCAGAUAAAGAACAUACCUCACUCGGCGUCAGGGUGCGUUACUGGCGUGACGUCAUCUACAAUGGACUUGUGGUACCUUGUACUUGUUUUGUCUUUGGAAUAUUCUGGAGUCUUUACUUUAUCGACCGCGAGUUGAUCUUUCCGCGUGUCUAUGACGACGUGGUCCCAUGGUGGUUUAACCAUUGCGUACAUACCAACAUACUGAUCCUGGUUGCCGCUGAGACCUUCCUUCAGGAGAGAAGAGAACCUACUAAUAAGAGAUUGGAACUGAUUUUGAAUGGCUGCCUUGGAAUUCUAUAUGCUAUUGUGUACUAUUCCAUUUACUUCUUUGCACAUCGAUGGUUAUACAAAAUCUUUGGAGUCAUGACCUGGUGGCAAGUUUGUCUGUUCCAAAUGGGCAUCUGGGCUUCUUCAUUCAUUUUCUAUUUUAUUCACUUCCCCAUAAACCGACUUAUACAAAGAGUAAUGGAGAACAACGAUGAAAUUCCGGAAAAGAACGGUGAUUUACUGCUUAAAGGGAAUGUUAAAUUUGAAAAUGAGAAUUUUGCAUCAUAGAAUUAAGAAGUUAUACAUAAACAUGAGGAAUAUGGAGGAAAAAUACAGAACUAAUGAAAACAUCUAUAAAUGUUGUGUAUGCCUUGCAGUCACGCUGGUAUCGUUCUACAAUUUUUCGUGGUGUGCUAAUAAAAUAAAUGAUGAUCAGAAAUAUUUUUAUUGAUAUAGUUUAUUGCACUGUACAUUGAAAGCUUUGUAUGGUUCGCAAGCAUAUUUUGUGAUUCAUCGAAGGCUUUCGCUUAUUUAAGACAUAACAUACUGUUGAAUAAACUGGAAUAUUACUGUUUCUAUGGAACUGAACUAAUAUGGUCGUAUAUUUUAAACAUAUCGUACACAAUAUGUAACAAUGAAUAGAAUAGGCUAUAUACUCAGGUGUAACAGUGUUGGAGUACCACAGGGAUCGAUCCUUAGACCGAUCUUAUUUCUGGUUUAUAUUAAAAGUCUACCGCGCUGCUUACCAAAUUGCACCUGUACCAGAUUACCGAUAAUUCUCAUGUAAGAGUCAGUAGUUUUAGAACUAAACGUAACGGGAUUGACACCAACCAAUAUUUUAUGAAGGAAGGAAGGAGAAGGAGUAGCUAAUAAUAAAAAUAGAGUAAUGUUUAGUCACUUAUUAGAGAAUUAAUUUUCUUGUCAAAAAUACUUUGUUUCGUGCGACAGAGCAAACAAAAUCUAUAUGAAGUGAACGAAUAAAACGUUUAGUAAAUUUUAAACUUUAUGU